UUAGUGAUGUCUGGACGUGGCAAAGGCGGGAAGGGCUUGGGUAAAGGAGGCGCCAAGCGCCACCGCAAAGUCCUGCGGGAUAACAUUCAAGGGAUCACAAAACCUGCAAUCCGUCGCCUGGCUCGUCGCGGUGGAGUAAAGCGCAUCUCAGGUCUUAUUUAUGAGGAGACCCGCGGGGUUCUGAAAGUGUUUCUGGAGAACGUAAUUCGGGACGCGGUCACCUAUACCGAGCACGCCAAGCGCAAGACUGUCACGGCCAUGGACGUGGUCUACGCGCUCAAGCGCCAGGGACGCACUCUCUACGGAUUUGGCGGUUAA